AUGGCACGUGUCACUGACAAAAUUAUGCGAAUCCUACAUAAAUGUCAUCUCAACGAAGAUGACUAUGAGGAUAAGUUUCAAGAUUCGAAGGAGUCUAAUGAGGAGAUUAGGAGUCACGCAGAGAAGCUGCUUACAAGUACGCCAAACAACUAUGUAGGAUGUAUUGAAUAUGUUAGUUUAAAUAAAAUGCUAGCUACCUGUAAUUUAAAGAUUGGAGAUGAAUUCACAGCUAUUCAUCAUUUGAUCGAAUCUCAUGCAGUAGUACUUCGACAGCAGAUCUUACACAGGUAUCAGAAAACCCAAAUGCGUGAAUCCCUGUUGAACGAGCCUCAAACAUACGGGUUGAAACCAACAUAUGUGAAAUUCGAUACCAACUCUACAAAUAGUACAUUAAAGUCAAAACUCUCAGAACUGCCGAAAGAAUGGUACAUGCUUCAAGUCACUGUUCAGUAUGAAUCUUCAAACAUAUUAAAGCACACAAGGCACAUAUCCAGCUUAAUGCAUGCUCUACAUAUUACGAUACUUCCAACAGGACCAUCUGAAAUAGAACCCCUGUGCAUAACAUUGCCGAAACCUGCAAUGCAAGUCUCCUAUGAUAUUUGUACAGAAAUUCAAAAUAUAUUAGCUAGCAACAAAACCAAGCUGGAGGCUACUUACACAAAUAACGAAUACUAUUGGACAAUGCGCAAGGAACAAGACAACGAGAUGAAGAUGGCUAUAGAUGGAUUAGAGAGCACAUGGUUGAGGGAAUGGAGAGUGCUAUUUAUGGCUGACCCCAUUAUGGACUUGGAAAUAGUAAAUGAGAUUCAUGACAUGAUCGAUAAGUUAAUAUUGGAUUCCAGGUUUUCUAACAACAUAUCAAAGCGAUGUAAAUGGCUCUUGAAGAAAGUAUCCACAGGUGCAUGCUUUCUCACGUGUGAAGAAAUAGCGCGUGCAAUCAAAUUCCUACUUCCUAAGCAUGAAAAACUUGCAAAUAACAUUAUUUUAUCUAUUUAUGGCAUGUUAUCUCGUACAGAGAAAUUAAAGGAUGCGAAGCGGAAGACAUUAGUGUUGAUAAUUGACGAACAUAUAGAUUACAUAGCAUUUGAAGCGAUGGAAAUUAUCAAAAACCACCCUAUCACUCGUUUCCCGUCUCUGCACAUAGCGUACGCGUUAUUCAAAGAACACGAAAACACUAUAGUGGACGGAUGUAAAAUCAUCCAAGCCAAAGAGGACAUGGGUAUUUGUAUAGUGAAUCCGUCGGGCAAUCUGCAUAAGAUGGAGAAACGGUUGAAGCUUUUCAUAAACUUCUGGCUACCACAAUGGAAAAGCUAUUACACAGAGCCGAAUGAAGAGAUGUUCGAAGAUGCGCUAGUAAAUCACGACGUUUUAAUGUACAAUGGUCACGGAAGUGGCAUACAAUAUUUGCCCGGAGAAGAUAUUGAAAAGACGAAAGUGAGGUCCACUGUUUUGUUAUUCGGGUGUAACAGCAUGAAACUACUUGUGAUAGGAGGAAAAUAUCCACCUUACGGUGUUGCGAAUCAAUAUUUAAUAGCAUGCAGUCCUUGUCUCCUGGGCACGCUGUGGGAAGUAACGGAUGUCGACAUUGAUAAAAUGACUGCGAACUUCAUAAGUAGUUGGAUCCCGUCGACGUCGAAGAAAUCUUGGGCCGAAGUGGACGUGAACAGUUGGACGUACGGUAGUAUGAAAUUCACGAAGAAUGCUGAAACGAAUAAAACGGAAAUGGAGUCAGAAAUGUUGAGAGCGGUGGCCAAGUCGAAAAAAGCUUGCUCACAAUACAUGACGGCAGCAGCGAUAAUAGUACGAGGUUUACCGACGAAAAUUGUGUAAAUUUACCCGAUAUCGCGGCACUG